AUUUUUUUUUCUCAUAUUUUUUUUACUUGUUUCCUUUUUCUUUUUUGGAGUAGCUCCCAGUCUUCCUUUUUUGCUACCAAUAAAGAGAAAGAAAACUUGAUCCCUUCUUUUUACUUUUUAUUCAACAGAAAAAAACACUUGAAACAUGAGUCACUCGUUUUUAGUUCACGUCUCAAAAACAAUCUCCCGGUCAAAAUUCAACCAAACUCUAGCUACACAAUUCCAAACACCAACUCAACAAGCAAAACGGACAAUAACAUCUACUUCUACACGUGCAGCACCUGGGGUUAGUUUAUGGGGUGGUGAUGUAUUGCGACAAUCUUUACAAUCAAGUCCUUCCAAUUCUGUUUUGGUCAUGCUUCAACCUCUUCGAACCGCAGCCUCCGUGAAACGACAGUUUUUCCGUUCUGCAUCUACUCAAGCUGGCUUACAAUUGCGUGAACGUGAUCCCAAUGACGACCCUGUAGAUCAUGGCGACGGUAGACAUGGCAAUAAUGGACAUGGUGAUGGAAAUGAACAUGGUAGUGGUGGUGGUAGAGACGGCAAACCUCCUCGACAUGACGAUAGUACGGUGAUUGACAAUCAAUUACAAAAACCUUCUGUACCUGAUGUUUAUCCUCAAGUAUUGGCGUUACCUAUUGCUCGACGUCCUCUGUUCCCUGGAUUUUAUAAAGCCGUGGUAGUUAAGGAUCCUAAUGUGACAGCUGCUAUCAAGGAAUUAUUGAAACGAGGUCAGCCUUAUGUUGGUGCGUUUUUACUCAAGGAUGAAGAUUUGGAUGUAGACACUAUUACUAGUAUGGAUCAAGUACAUCGUGUAGGUGUUUUUGCUCAAAUUACAAGUGUGUUCCCUGCUAGUGCUGGAAAAGAUGGCAAGGAAGAAGAUGCUGGAUUGACCGCUGUAUUGUAUCCUCACCGUCGGAUCAAAAUGAAAGAACUUUUACCUCUCUCUACCUCCUCUCAACAACAACGACAUCCUACCACUGCAAAAAUUGAAUUGGAAGAAGAUGCCUUGGUACAUGAUCAUGACAGCAAAAAAUCAAUAGAAUCAAAACAUGAUGUAAAACGUGAAAAUGUGGUACCAGGUGAAGAACUCAUGUCAGAUACAUUAGGUGACAAAGUAGCAAAAGAAGAACUAGAAUCAUCUACUUUAGAGAAAGAAAAUAUCAAGGAAAACACGCAACAAUACGCAACAUCAUUCCUGACAAGAGAUUAUCAUGUGUCAUUAGCAAACGUGGAAAACCUUGAAGAUCUACCUUACUCGAAGAAAAGUCCCUUAGUACGUGCUGUCACAUCAGAAAUUGUAUCAGUGUUCAAGGAUAUUGCUUCUUUGAAUCCUUUGUUCCGUGAUCAAAUUGCUAGUUUCUCCAUGUCUCAAUCUGCUGGAAAUGUAUUUGAAGAACCUGCCAAACUUGCUGACUUUGCAGCUGCUGUCUCUGCUGGUGAACCUAUGGAAUUGCAAGAAGUCUUGGAAACAUUGGCUGUGGAUGAUCGAUUACAAAAAUCUUUAUUGGUGCUCAAAAAGGAACUGAUGAAUGCUCAAUUACAAAAUAAGAUCUCAAAGGAAGUAGAAAGCAAAAUUGCCAAACGACAACGUGAAUAUUAUUUGAUGGAACAACUCAAAGGGAUCAAAAAGGAACUUGGUUUGGAAAGUGAUGGCAAAGAUAAAUUAGUAGAAGGAUUCAAAGAAAAGGCUGGGAAACUAGCUAUGCCUCAAGGUGUAAAGAAAGUGUUUGAUGAAGAAAUCAACAAAUUGGCCCAUUUAGAACCUGCUGCAUCUGAAUUCAAUGUCACAAGAAACUAUUUAGAUUGGUUAACUCAAGUUCCCUGGGGUCAACGUUCUCGUGAAAAUUACAAUAUGCAUCACGCCAAAACUGUAUUGGAUGAAGAUCAUUAUGGAUUGAAGGAUGUGAAGGAUAGGAUUAUGGAAUUCAUUGCCGUCAGUAAAUUACGUGGAUCAGUGGAAGGCAAGAUUUUAUGUUUAUCUGGUCCUCCUGGUGUUGGCAAAACUUCCAUUGGAAAAAGCAUUGCACGUGCGUUGGAUCGUGAAUUCUAUCGUUUCUCUGUAGGUGGAUUGACGGAUGUGGCUGAAAUCAAGGGUCAUCGACGUACUUAUGUGGGUGCUAUGCCUGGUAAAGUGAUUCAAGCUCUCAAAAAGGUACAGACGGAAAACCCAUUGAUUCUGAUUGAUGAAAUUGACAAGGUUGGUCGUGGUCAUCAAGGUGAUCCCUCCUCUGCCUUACUAGAAUUGUUGGAUCCUGAACAAAAUGCAAGCUUCUUGGAUCAUUACAUGGAUGUGCCUAUUGAUCUUUCCAAGGUAUUGUUUGUAUGUACUGCCAAUGUACUCGACACCAUUCCUGGGCCUCUUUUGGAUCGUAUGGAAGUCAUUCAACUCUCUGGUUAUGUUGCCGAAGAAAAGGCUGCCAUUGCUGAAAAAUACUUGGCCCCCGCUGCAAAGAAAUCUUCAGGUUUGGAACAUGUCAAUGUGAAUCUUACCAGUGCGGCCGUUGACACCCUUAUCAAGAAUUAUUGUCGUGAAAGUGGUGUACGAAAUUUGAAGAAACAAAUCGACAAGGUAUUCCGAAAGGCAGCUCUUAAUGUAGUGGAACAAGUUGGCGAUGAAGAAAUAGAUCAAACAAAAGCCGAUGCUCAUCAACCUGAAGAACUUGAUAACGUAGAACAACAACCAAAGGAUGAACGUAAACCAUUGGAAAUCCCUGGUAACAUUAACAUCAACAUUGACAGUGAUAAUUUACGUGAUUAUGUGGGUCCUGCUGUAUUCCAAUCUGAUCGACUUUAUGAAAAGACUCCACCUGGUGUGAUUAUGGGUUUAGCCUGGACUAGUAUGGGUGGAUCAUCGUUAUAUAUUGAAUCCGUUUUGGAAUCCUCUCUUACUCCCAAAUCAACGCCUGGACUAUCUAAAACCGGUCAACUUGGUGAUGUUAUGAAGGAAUCAACAAGUAUUGCAUACACUUUUGCCAAAUCUCUUAUGGCCACUCAUUAUCCUAAUAACAAAUUCUUUGAGAAGGCUAAAUUACAUCUUCAUUGUCCUGCUGGUGCUGUACCCAAAGAUGGUCCUUCUGCCGGUAUUACUAUGGCAACUUCUUUGAUCUCACUUGCAUUGAAUCAACCUGUGAAGCCCAACAUUGCCAUGACUGGUGAAUUAACUGUGACUGGAAAGGUAUUACAAAUUGGAGGUUUGAAGGAAAAGACCAUUGCCGCCAAACGAUCCAAAGUAGACACUAUUCUCUUCCCCAAGGACAACAAGGCCGAUUGGGAAGAUCUUCCCGAUCAUAUCAAGGAAGGAAUGACUGGUAUUCCUGUGGAUACUUAUGAUGAUGUUUUCAAGGUCUGUUUUGAUUCAAUUAGCAAGGAACAAGCUGAAAAUGUUUGGAAGGAUAUUCUCAAAGAUGAUGAAGAUAGCAAGGAAAAAUCAACAACCAACAAAGACUAGUUCGCUCUUUUUUUUUUCUUAUUUUGUAGUAUUAUCAUUCACAUAUACAUUUUUUUCUCCUAUUUCUCUAGUUUACAUAUCACAACCCCACUCUUUAUUGAAUCAAUCGUUAUUAGAAUUGUAAAGUUAUACAAAUAAAAAAUAUCAAUAAGCU